AUGGCAUUGCCUGAAGAAGGCGGCCCUGCUCCAACUACCACCACUCCCACCAUCAUCACUAUAGACGACUCCCCCGACGUUGACGAAGCGCAUGAGCGUGAUCUUUUGCGACGUGAGCAGCGGAUGGAAGAAAAUAGACGGCAACGUCGUGAAUUGUUCGAAAGAAUGCAACAAUUAGAUGAUGACUUUUCGGUUGAAACCACGGGUUACCGUAAUUCGUUGCCUCCCGCUUUGCUGCGAGAUUUCGACAUGAGUGUUGAACGUGACGAUAUCCACACAUAUUUAGCAAACAUAAUCCAAUCCCGUCGUAGGCGUACAAUGCCCAGAACAUAUACAGAUGUACCCCGGUACACUCGCAAUGUUUAA